CAUAGGCAUAAAUAGAGCACAUAUCUGUGAAUUUGCUGAAAUAAAAAAACGUCUUCUUCUUACUUCUAUAUCUUUUAUUUUUCUUUCACAAAUGGCCACUAUUCAUGCCCCAAAUUCUCCUCCAGGGCCAACAGUUUGUGUGACAGGAGCAGCUGGAUUUAUUGGGUCUUGGCUUGUUAUGAAACUCCUUCAACGUGACUAUAAUGUUCACGCUGCUGUUCGUGAUCCUGAGAACAAGAACAAAGUGAAACAUCUUCUGGAGUUGCCAAAAGCUGAUAGCAACCUGACGCUGUGGAUAGCGGAGUUGACAGAAGAAGGAAGCUUUGAUGAAGCCAUUCAUGGCUGCCAAGGAGUAUUUCAUGUGGCCACCCCUAUGGAUUUUGAUUCUAAGGACCCCGAG